UUACAGACAUACAAAUAUUUGUCUUAAGCGUAAGUAAACAUGUAGAGUUGUGAGUAAAGAAAAUAUAAUCAAUCAAUGUAGCUUAUAUUUAGGCAAACAUACAACUGCAAACGUCCAUAUGGAGGGCGGCGCGCAUUGUGCCACAAUACCACAGCGGCUAACCAGCGCUCAAUCUUAACGCUUUUUGUGAUGCCAAAUGCGCUUUUCGUCUUUAGUUCGUUUCUGUUAUAAACGCCCGUUGGAAGCUUCGAAAAUUCUAAAGUAGACAAUCAUGACGCGACAAAGUUUAAACUAGUGAAGCAAAUGCGAAUGAAGCGCGGUAAACCAUACUCAGUUGCCGUUUAUUUGUCCAAACGUCUACAUGUAAUAAAUCUGCAAAUAUACCUUCAAAUGAGAGACAACAAUCUCCCAAACCCAUCUCUGUAAGCCAGGUCUUCAUGCCUCUUACACUAUUUACCAUCUUUGAUAUAAAAGAAGAAGAAGUUGAUGCUUUUCGCCAUGAAAUUCCUCGCAGUACAGAUGAAUAAUAUAUGUCUACCAAAGCAGGCACGAGGCACUGAAAUUUGAACUUACCGCGUCGUCAGAUAUGAUUUACGUCACUGUCAUGUCGUUUCACAUUUCAAGACGCAAACAAAGCAGGGGAUUAAGACAAGACUAUCGCUGCGUAUGUUUUGUCUUUUGAUCGCAGCAUAACAUCACAGAAUAAACAACACUGAAAUAUAUACUGUGCAUGACCUCGUGUUUUUCUAUUUAUUAACUAUGGUUCAACGUUGUUAUCGUGUGAUGAAUAUAGAUGACGUUUGCUCUGUUCAGGAAUCAGGACUUGAAAUAACGUUCCCAAAGUUCCUGAUCAUGAUGAUCGGCAGUCAUGACUUAUUGCCGACUUUCGUCUAUCAUAUUUAUUCACCGAGCAAUUUCUUGCCGAUGUUUGAUCGGUGGUAUUUGCCCUGCUAUUUGUGAGUAAAGCCGGUUUGUCCGAUGCUGAGUUGACUCACCUGAAGAGUAUUGUAGUCAAUUUACUCACAAGUUUUGAGUACUGAGGAAACUGUUUGGUACGGUCUUUGAGUAAAUUUACCCUUUGAGUAAAUUUACUCAUCACAUUUGUGUAGCUGGUGGUGUUUACUCGAUAUUUCUUACUCCAACAUUUACCGGUGUAAAAAUACUCGAACCAUGAGUGACCAGUACAUUCUACUCACAUUGAGUAGAUUCGCAUCUUUACUCAGCUUUGAGUAAAUCGAUCAGUCUGGAAGGCAUAUUAACUCAAUGUUAGAGUAAAACAUCGAUUCUACUCGAGAAUAACGAGUAAAUAUGAAGCAACUUACUCAAAUGAGUAAUUUUACCGAUUAUAACUGCGUAAACGAUAGUGGUUUACUCAAAAUAGUUUACUCAGGUGUUUGAGUUUGAAGUUAUACUCAGCAUAUUCGAGUAAAAAUACUCUUAAAACUGAGUAAACAUUGCAUUCCACGCAAAUUUAUGUGUUAAAAUAACUCAAGCGAAAAAUGGAUUUUUUGCAGUGUAGGUUUCCAACAGUACUGUAUUUUAAUAAAACACAAAACAAUAGACACUCCGAAAAUUGUAAACAUUUUAAUUCUUUACGUUUCGACUAUAAUUUAAGUCAUCUUCAGAAGAAUGCCACGUAUUUCGAUUUCGAAAUACGUGGCAUUCUUCUGAAGAUGACUUAAAUUAUAGUCGAAACGUAAAGAAUUAAAAUGUUUACAAUUUUCGGAGUGUCUAUUGUUUUGUGUUUUAUUAAAAUACUCUAUGGCAACCGCAAUUUUUAGUACUGUAUUUCCUUCGUAUAUUGUUAGGUCGAAACAACUCCAGCCACAACCAACUGGCGAAUGAUCAAUUUUUUGAACAACAUUACAUUUUAUGAAGUGGCCCUAAGGGACUUUUCUAUGGCCUUGUGGCCCGAUUCUCUAGAACCCCCUUGGUGGGAAGUAUCCCAGCCAAUCGGGCCACAAGGCCGUAGAUAAGGCCCUUGGGGCCACUUUUCGCAUUGGCCUCUUGGUGGGGAGGCUUGGUGGAAAGUGUCCCAGCCAAUCACCAAUCGUGACACAAGGCCAUAGAAAAGUCCCUUAAGGCCAAGGGUCUUUUCUAUGGUCUUGUGGCCCGAUUCUCUAGAACCCUCUUGGUGGGAAGUAUCCCAGCCAAUCGGGCCACAAGGCCGUAGAUAAGGCCCUUGGGGCCACUUUUCGCAUUGGCCUCUUGGUGGGGAGGCUUGGUGGAAAGUGUCCCAGCCAAUCACCAAUCGUGACACAAGGCCAUAGAAAAGUCCCUUAAGGCCACUUCAUAAAUGUAAUGUUGUUCAAAAAAUUGAUCAUUCGCCGGUUGGUUGUGGUUGGAGUUGUUUCAGCAUAACAAUAUAGGAAGGAAAUACAGUACUGUUGGAAAUCUACUACAUAUUUCCGAUCUAGAUGAAAAGAAUGAGAACGGUUGCCGACUCUGAUACAGUGCUACAUCAUAGAGUGAUGUUGAGAAUUCGUAUAACACUGACAACGAAGUGGAAACUUAUUCUGCGUCAGAAAGUGAUUCUGAUAAUGUAGAUGAUACUAAUAGUGAAGUAGGUGAUGAAUACGAAAGCGAUCCAUGGGCUCCUUUAAAAGCUGAAGCAGCCCAACAAAGUUUAUUGGAAUUCGAAGAACUAACGCAGAAUUUCACUGCAGAAGGUUUUGACGAAAACGGAGCUAAACUUACUUAUUACUUACUUAUCCUACCAAAACUUCGUAAAGAUUUGCAGAAUGUUUAUCUGGAACGUCUACUAUGGAUAAGACAACUAAAGAGGGAUCCAAUACACAAAAAGAUUAUGGGAACCAGGGGAUAUCUUUGUCAACGAUGAUAAUUUCGACCACAUGCAGGGAAGCGUUAGAGGCCGCUAUUGUCAAGAGAAAAUUUCUUUAGAAAAGACUUUUCAGAAACACAUGGUCUCCUAGUGACAUUGACUCUUAAUGGUUGUUUUUGUUUGAUUUGUAAAAAUAAAAUAAAAUACGAUCCUGUGUGGUAGCUAUUUUCCCCUAACCCAUUUCUCUAACCCUCUCCCAAGUCCCGACAAACCUUCAAAAAGGCCUUUGGGGCCACAACUAUUUAAUGUUAGGAAAUCAGUUGACCUUUGUCAUUUGAUAUUAUGCCUCGGAAGUGUAGAGAUUGUCCCAUCUGCGGCAACAACCUUAUCUUAUUCGUGCUAAGCCAACAGCUUUAGACUUAGAAAAUGUUUUAACAGAGUUGUACAGAUUAAUUGGGAACAGUAAAAAGCAGUCAAAGUGGAAUAAAAGCGGGAUAAAGAAUAUACCCAUCCGUCAACCAAAAUCCUCCAGGAAGAGAACCAAAUCAAAUACAAAAUCUGCAAAGAACGUGGACAAUACAGAAAUGAAUGAUGGCUCAAACGAGCGGUUAAAGUUAGAAACAAAAACGGGACAAAACUCUUAAGUGGAUAAUAUAUUUAUACAGACAAGAGUUAUUGACAUUGUAGCACUUAAAGAGUUAAAAGUGUUCUAAAAAUGAAAUCAUGUGCUUUUGCCUAUUUUAUAUCCGCGCUCUAUGUCAACGCUUAUAUAAUAGCCGCAGGUAUUAUCCUUCAAUAUCCCUAUUAUGAUGUACAUUGUAGUUGAUUGUACGCAUCUUAUCGCUAAUGAUCGUAGGUGUAUGCAAAUAGCGAACAUAACAACGCAUAGUAGUAACGCGUGCAUGUGCUUACUUCGCUUGGUAUAUUUAUUACCAUUGCUCUUUGUGACGAAUAGAUUCCUCGCUACCAUUUUGUUAUUUUGUAAACAAACGAAAAUUUUGUAAACAAACGAAAGUUAAAUAGGCAAUAAUCACGACCAAAGUUUGUAACAUUGAUCUCUCUGUAGACUUGUGCAAGGUUUAGUGAUCAUUGUAUUUAUAUGAAACGAUAAAGUUUGCUUAUCGAUUUCAUUUCGUUUCAACUCAUCAAAAAUUGUAUCUAUGUUGUCCAUUGACUGUGCUUGGAUCAAACGUUUGGAAAAUUUUGUAGCUACGCUAUUCCAACAUUAAUCCCUCUAUUGUAUCACAGACGUGGAGGGACGCUAAAAAAUGCCUAGUCAGCAAGUUUCACCCGAUCUUGCCCAAGCUUGCCUUUGUGACGUCAAUGCAUAUAAUUAUGACGUAUGUUAAUGAUGAUGAACCACCACUAACACGCCACCACACACCACCACCACAAAAAUCCGGCCCGAACGGUGCCUACUAUUAUUAUUAUUAUUAUUAUUAUUAUUAUUGUUAUACAAUUUAUUUAUACACGGUAAAGUCUAUGCUAAUCCGAUCUUGCUCAAGCUUGCCCUCGUGAUGUCAAUGCAUAUAAUUAUGACGUAUGUUAAUGAUGAUGAACCACCACCACACGCCACCACACACCACCACCACAAAAAUCCGGCCCGAACGGUGCCUACUAUUAUUAUUAUUAUUAUUAUUAUUAUUAUUGUUAUACAAUUUAUUUAUACACGGUAAAAUCUACAGUAGUUACAAGAAAGACAAUAAACUAAUACUAAUACUGGUUUACAAGAUUGCCGUGUGGGGGCUCGUUUAUUCGUCGAAAUACUUAUUAACAGCUUUUUUAAAUUUAGCCUGUAUUUGAAGCUUUCUUAUUUAUUGAGGAAGGCUAUUCCACAGUAGUGCACCACUAUAACAAAAGCUUCGUUUUAAGUAAUUUGUUCGUGGCUUAGGCAAGUUCAGCCUCAUUUCAGAAUUUCUUAGGUUAUACCCAGUUCCGCGAAUGGAAAAGAAUUCUUGUAAAUAACUGGGAGCAUUACUCUUAAGUGUUUUAAACAUAAGACCUGCAAGUUUAAGUUUUUGUCGUCUUAAUGACAAGUUAUCCCAACGCAGACUAUCUAAUAAUACACUUGCGUCGGUAUCAUAACUCUUGAUGACUCUCGCUGCUUGGUUUUGCAAUUUUUGUAAUUUAGUACUGAGUGUUUCCCCAAGGCCAUCCCAUACCGUGCAGCAAUAGUCGAAAUGAGGCUGAAUGUGCGCUUGGUAUAUUUGUAUGGACGCGUCUAUAGUUAUAAACGAUCUAACACGCUUUAGUGCACCAAUAGCAGAUGCAACUUUCUUACAUAGUUUAUCAAUAUGAUCAUGCCAAGUAAGAUGUUUAUCAAUAUAAACUCCCAAGGAUUUCACCGAUUCAACCCUAGUUAUUUCGUUUUCGUUGAUUCUAAUAUUUAUUUCGCUAUCUAUGGACCUUAACUUUUGCUGAGAUCCUAUUACCAUAAACUCCGUUUUAACAAUAUUUAGACUUAAUCUAUUAGUAAUAAGCCAGCUAUUAAGCUUUUUUAACUCAAAGUUUAUUACAUUUUGGAGCUCACCUGUUGUGUUUGCUGAAUAACUUAUACUCCUCUCAUCAGCGAACAUUCUAGGUAUAGCAUGAUUCAAGCAAUUCGGAAGGUCAUUUAUAUAGAUCAGAAAAAGUAUGGGCCCCAGGUUGCUACCUUGGGGAACAGCACAAGUCACUGGGGCAGAAUUUGACAAUUGGUCGUUAACAAGUUCGGUUGGUAAGAUAAGAUUCAAACCAGGUUAAACUCAUUUGAUCAAUACCAUAGUUUCUUAGCUUUUGUAACAUAAUUUGGUGAUCGAUAGUGCCAAAAGCUUUUUUUAAAUCAAUAAAAACUACUCCAUUGAUUAAACCAUUGUCAAUAUUCAUGGACCAGUCACUUGUAGCUUCAUGACAAGCAUUGCAGUUACCGUACUGUGUAGCGAUCUAAAGCCAGAUUGGGCAGGAAGUUAAAAUCUCAUUUGUGUUUAGGUAUUCAUAUAAUUGGUCAGAAAUCAUUUUCUCAAAAAUUUUUGCAAUGGCAGGAAUAAUGGAAAUUGGUCGGUAAUUGCUUGGGUUACUCUUAGGACCACCUUUGAAUAUUGGUGUCACCCUGCUUGCCUUCCAUUCGUUUGGGAAUAUUCCUGUACGUUUUGAUGCAGAAAAUAUUCCCGUCAGUGAAGGUGCAACAAACUGUGCAGCCAUUUUCAAUAAUUUGUUGGGUAUAUUAUCCAACCCAGCAGCUUUUUCUCAUCAAUUUCACGAAUUUAUAAACAGUUUCAAAGGUAGGAGAUUGCAAUGAAAAUGUCUUAUCCGUUGCUUUAAGAUAAAAGGAUCAUGGUCAGGGGUUGGUAUAGAUGCAGCCAGGUUGUCACCAACACUCGAAAAAUAGUCAUUAAAAGCUUCAGCAAUAUCCAUAGGUGCCGUUAUUUCUUGAUUAUUAAAAUGUAAUUCUGACACUCUAUUUGUUUUGCCAAUAUUUUUGGAACUUAAUUUGUUAAUUAAUUUCCAUGUUUUUUUUCAUGUCACCUUUAUGAAGAUCAUUUGUAAAAUAAUUUCGCUUAACUUCCUUAAUUUCAUUGUUUAUUCGGUUUCGAGUCUGUUUGUAUUGCUGCCAAAUUUGAGGAUCAUUAGAUAAAUUCGCUUUCUUUUUUAAACUAUCACGAUGUCGUAUCUUUUGUCUUAAUUCUUUUGUUAUCCUGGGGGACUUCCGAUUUUUAACCCACCUGGAUCUCAAUGGUGCAUGUUUGUCAAUUGCGCUCAUUAAGUUUUCUUUCCUAAUUUUCCACAUCACAUUAGGGUCCGCAGAACAAUAAACAUUGUGCCAAUUUUUUUGUUCAAGAUCUCGUAAAUAGUGUUCUCUAUUAAAUUGCUUCAUUAACCUAAUAUGUACCGUUUUUGGUACCCCUUGUACAUAGUGACCCUUACGAGUUGCAUAAAUCAAUGAAUGAUCGCUUAUUGACAUGGAUAAGACUCCAGCAUCUACAACAUGAGAAAGUGUAUUUAUAAGACAUAAGUCAAUCAGGGUUCUAGAUGAUGACGUAAUUCUAGUUGGUUCAUUAAUCAAUUGUUUAAUACCGUAAAUAUCUAAUAUCUCUUUUAAUUUAUUUUUUAUUGGUGAUGCAGUUGUUGAAAUAAGGUCAACAUUUAGAUCACCCAAAAGAAAAUACUCCAGGUUUUCGGCAUCAAAUGACCCAAUCAUUUUUUCAAAUUCAAUAAAUUGACUCAUUGGUGAGUCAGAGGGUCUAUACCAAAUACUGACUAAAACAGACUUAGAUCGCGGGAUUUUUUUAUCUCCACUACCAUAUUUUCGAGAGUUGCAGAAUGCAAAUCAUCUCUAACUUGGUAGUUUAUGUUAGACCUAAUAUAAAUGCACACACCCCCACCAUUGCGUCCAUUUACAUUUCGGUCCCUUCUAACAAUUUCAUAGCCAGAUAAAUAUACCUCCCGAUCAUUGAUUGAAGGGUCGAGUUUGGUUUCAUUUACACAUAGUAUGUCAAUUUUUGCAUUGCUAAUAAAUAUUCGCAAUUCAUCUAUGUGGGCAAUGAGACUAUUGCAAUGCAAUUGCCAUACCACGAUGGGAUGGCAUUGUAUUAUUUGUAUAAGUUAAAUUAGAGAUAUUAUUAGACUCAGUUAACUCACCCAGAUUGGUUGAGUUUCUCUCAUCUAUUCUUGGUUGUACAUCAGUGUUAUUAACAAACGAUUCCCACACGGCAAAUUCCUAAUGGCGUCUGCCAUAUAUAUGGUUUAUAAAAUUGCAUGCCAAUAAACUUGUUCCUUGUUUGUUCAAAUGAAGUUUACUCUUGUUUAAGUGUUGAGAAGUGAUGUUGUCAUGUUCAAUAAAUGCCCAGUUUUUGCCCAAGCAUGACUGCUUUAGCAUUGCAUUAACUUCGUUGACUUUAAAUGCCAAUAUCUCUUCGUCAGCUCUUGUGAUUAGACCUGAUAUAACUAGGUUACCCACAGGGCAGUAAUGCUGCCUUUGACAGCAAAAGACAAACUACAGGGUGUUGAACGAGUCCUUCAGAAAGUUCAAACAUCCUAUUAUUGUUAUCCAUAGAUAUCUCAUAUACGCUAGAUAGCGCAUCUCUUUUAGUAAAAUUGAAGCCAAGAAUAUUCCAGCGGUUACCCCCAUUUGAAUAGAUGUAUCAGAGCGUAUUUAGACAUUUACAACAUUUUACAAUAUUUUAUAAUAUAUAAAGUGUACAUUACAUCGCAUUCUGAUGUUUUUAUAUCAUUAUAUCAAACUAAAACCACCUCCAAAUCGCACAUAUAUAAUACAUAAAGGAAACUAAUUAAGUUAUACUUUGUAAUUUAAAGUACAUGUUUAAAACAAACUAUAAUAAAAUUGAAAAAUAAAUAGAUAACCACACAGAGCCUGGGCCACCUGUGAAGUUUCAGUUCAUAAAAUCAUAAUAUUAGUCUUUGAAUCGAAUUCAAAAUACGAAAUUCCAGUCCACCUGGCAGCUUCGUGCCCAACCGCGCAGAAAAAAAAAUAGAAAGGGACUGGGUUGCCAUCCAAUUGCUCUUCAAUUUCCGCCAUCUUUGGUUUCAUUUUUUGGACUCGAGUUCUCGCUCCAGAUGUGUAUCAAUGUUUCGACACAGUUAGGAAAUUGAAGCGCAAAGUGCUAAUAUAUAUGGACACAUUAUGCGGAUCAGAGAAGUAUUCCACAAUAUGAUUCUGUAUCUGCGCUAGCACAGAUAUAUUUGUAUCGUGGAUACAUGUGCCAAUCAGCGACAAGUAUUAUUUGUACUUUACGUCAUCUCUCAUAGCUCGAAAUUACGUAACUAAAGCAUCUCGAAAUUACGUAACUAAAGCUAGAUAUCACAUACUAUAAUGAUAUAUAUGAAUAUGAAACAAGCGCUUUAAAAAACCCAAGACUAACACCGAGUGAUCACCGCAUCAAAUUAAACAAAAGUAUGGGGACACGCACAUUAUAACUGCAUAGUAGUUACACGACGAUUUGAGGGGGAUUUCCCGUGCUUCUUUCAUGUGUGAUUUUCUUAAACUCAUUCUGUAUUUCAUUUCAGGUCUACUACAAUAAAAUAGUGUAUGAUUCAGUGGAUGAAUUUAUCAAGUCAUACAAUGCUGGAAACAUCACAGUAGUGAGUCUUCCUCCACCUGAAGGAAAUAAUCUCACAUACUCCACUCUGAAAAGACGAGGAACACAUCUUCAACCUUCACUACCAUUACGUGAACCUGAACAGUUUGAACCGGAUGGUAGACGUUACACAGCAGAAAACAAUCACAUUGAAUACAUGGGAUGGAGUUUUGAUUUUCGUAUUCGCACAACAUCAGGUCCACAGUUGUUUGAUAUCAGAUUUAAUGGAGAACGAAUUGUGUACGAAUUAAGCUUGCAAGAACCUGCAUCGUUUUACGCUGGGUUUUCUCCAUCGCAAUCGUAUAGUAACUAUCUUGAUACUGCCUGGGCCAUUGGUGCUAAUUUUGAACUUGUGAAAGGUGUUGACUGUCCUAAAACUGCGACAUUCUUCGAUGUUGUAUAUUUCGCUGACUCCUCUCAUCCGGCCAAACGUCGUAAUGCUGUUUGCGUCUUUGAACACAAUCUGGGAAUGCCUCUUCGCCGCCAUUUUGAAAACGACUUUGAAGGUAGUUAUACUUUCAUUGGAGGAAUGCAAGGUACAGGGCUUGUUUUGAGAACGAUAUCUACACCAUAUAAUUAUGACUAUGUAUAUGAUUUCAUAUUUUAUCCUAAUGGAGUCAUUGAAACGAAGACCAUGACUACAGGGUACCUGCAAGUCAUGUUUUGGACAGACGAAGAUGCUAACUACGGCAAUGAAGUACAUAAAAAUGUCGCUGGCACAAUACAUGAUCAUAUCUUUCAUUACAAGGUUGAUCUAGACAUUGCAGGUCGUGAAAACAGAUUUGAGACUAUAACCUCAACACUUGAAAACAUCUCCUCAUUGUGGUUUCCUAACACACGUCACGUUCAGAAAAGAUUAAUACAUGAUUUAAAGAGAACUGAAUUGGACGCUGCUUACAAAUUUGAUUUCCAAAAACCAUCGUAUCUGAAUUUUUAUAACUCAGCGGAAAAGAAUGCUCAGGGUGUCCGACGGGGAUAUCGUAUUCAACACAACGGGAUACUUCAUCAGUUAUAUCCAGAAAACUGGCAGUUUACAAAUGGUUUCAGUUGGUCGCACUAUCAACUUGCAGUAACAAAAUACAAAAAACCGAGGAUAGGAGUUCAUCUAUGUAUAACCAAAAUGACCUGUACAAUCCUGUCGUGGACUUCAAAAAGUUUAUUUUGGAUAACGAGAGCAUUGUAGAUGAAGAUUUAGUUUCAUGGAUAACUGUAGGUAUCAUGCAUGUCCCUCAUUCUGAAGAUAUUCCCAACACAUCAACACCUGGUAAUUACGCUGGGUUUUUUCUUCGGCCUUUCAAUUAUUUCAAUGAAGAUCCUUCCAUAGCAUCAAGAGAUAGUGUUUUGAUCACGCCAACUGACGGUGGUUCAAAGAUUGACAGGUUUGGUAGACCUGAGGGUUCUCAGUGUGUCCCUCCAGACGAGCCGAUGAAUUACAACGGAAAGGAGUUAUAG